UUGUUGUUAUUGUUGUUAUUGACGAGAAACUCGCCGACGACUGUAGGCGGUGGCAGCACUGGAAAAAAGGACAAUAGCAACAAGCGAGCAAAACACUUAACAGAUUAAGGAUCAAAGACCACCGAGACGAAGACUGGCCGCUGGAUCUCGGAACAUCGAACGACAAAACGGGUAGAGAUAACGAAAAACGACGGAAGCAGAACACGGUAACGGACGGUGCGACACCGCCAGUGAGAUUGUUUUCGACGAAUAUUCAAGCAGGAAACAAACAAAUAGAGAAGCCGAGAUCUCGAAAUAAGAGAAAGAUGAGAAGGAAAAUAAGGAGAAGCUAAGGAAAGGCAUGAAAACUGCGACAACAUUCGACGCAACGUCCAACGACAACAGCUACAUCAUAAGUGGCAACGACAGCGCUCGUCGUAGCUGAUACUCGUUGCGGUACGAACAAUAAAAGGUGUCGAUUUUCUAUUGCCGUUGCUACUCGUUGCAGGGCGAAAAUUUGUGAUUCGAUAGGGGGCUGUGUACUGUGUUUCUCUGCCUGUCCGUCUCAGCCCAUCGUGGUUCGCCAGUGAGCGUGGGGGGCUUCUCUCUGUGCGUGCACAGAACCCGUGUACUCGUGUGUGUUGCUACGAGUUCAGCGAUCUUCGCAGACGACGAUUCGUUGGUGUCACUCGAAUGUUUGAACUAAGCGUUUGCUGCUGUUGCUAUUACUGUUACCACUGGUAACACUGGUGGUUGACCACUCCUUGAAGCAUAAAGGGGGUUAGGCGAAAAUAAACAGUCCUUUAUAACUUUUGACCUACCGAACUAUAACAGUGGCAAGUGCGGAACUAAAAAACAACGGGAAUAUCGUUAUGUCGACGGUCGCCUACUACAACUAACCAAUGCAGGUGUGGUGAAGUGAUCAAGUAUAGGCAUCCGUUAUCAAGAGCGUCUCCGUUAUACGAGUUUGGCUGGCAGCGAAAAGGAAAAAUGAUACCACUGCGACGAAACAGAAACUAAUCAAUGAACUACGAGCAGUUACCUGUAAUGGUUCAUCGUUAUUAUUCUAGUAAUUAGUACUGUUCAUUAGCGCGACUCGCUGUCUUACCGCCAGCGGGGGAGCUUUGGAGAAAAAGAAAAGCAGCGAAAACAGCCAAUACCAGUGGGGUGGUUGUUAUAGUGAAGAUCCAUUUCGUUGAUUCAACAGUAAAGUGUUCCGAAGAAUGUGAAUCGUACCUGUGAGUAGGUUCCUAGCGCCAGCGCAAGCUAUUCGUAACCUAAUCCAGUUUUCUUCACGAGUCCGAUUGAGUUCCCUAGCUAUUUACUUGAUCGUGUGUGUGUACGUUUUGAUAAGCAAAAGCUACGACAGCUACACCAAGUGACAACAAAAAAAAAUAGUAAUAAGAAGUCUUUUCUUCAAUAUUGAUCUUCAUUAUUUCGUAGUGUGAUAGUAGCUUCGUUCUUCGAGCAACAGGAAGAUCCUGCUACACAUUUGCCUGUGCGAUCUUUAGUCGUGUGUGUCAAUUGGUAGAGCGAAGAUCGCUCACCCGUUGGUCUACUGCCACUGUGACCAGAUCCAACAGAUCCCAUAGCUUCUUCAAUAUCCAAUGUAAGGUGAUGGUUAAUGAACAGAACACGGUGAUAACUACGAUCGAAGACCAUAUUUAGGUUUGCAUAUGCGCGAUCAAGCUGUUAAUGGCUUAAUGGAAAUCAACAGCCGUCGAGGCGGCUAGCUGGCUAGUUACAGCUGAUUUCUUGAUCAGCUGUGUGAUAUUCUUCACAUCAUUUGACUGUUUGUUUUUGUGGCACCUACCAAGCUAGCUCCUUUUGUCCCGGACCCUUCGUCAACGUACCUCUCUUCCGUGCUGGGGAUUCUAUUGGGAUCAUAAGCGAAUGCUCCACCAGCAAAGGGAGAAUAAAUGUACAUGCGGUACAAACAAAUAAAAAAAAAAACAGAAGUUGAAAAAUAAUCUGCGAAAGCAACAAAUCGAGAGAGAUCAAUCUUCUGUUCAAGUGGUGGACGGACAGGAGGCCGAAUUGAAGCAGCUGUUUGUUGGCGACAUUUGAAAGUGAGUGUCAAUCUCUCCGGCGCUCUGUUGUCGCCGCCGCAGUCUAGUGCGUCCUUAGCAAAACGAACGUUGUACAACGAGUUAGUUGGCAAUAUAUUCUCUUAUGUACGGCUUGUUGUAGCGUACUCACGCGAUCGCGACCACGCUUAGGGCAAGUUGCGGGCUUAAAUGAUAUAAGCGAAAAAGAAAAGGCCGAAAGAAGGGGAAGAGCCUAGCUUUUGCAAGCCCCUGACAUCGAUUUAGAUGUCUGUGGAGUCGAUAGACUCUGUGUGAUCAAGAACGGUAAGCAUAAACAGCGAAUACGAGAUAAACAACUGAAAGUACAAAGAAAUAGAGCAAAAGAGAGGAGCGAAAUAACAUUGAAACAAUGUGAACAGGAAUAUACCAAUUAAACAAUAGCUUCCACAACAACAACGGUUUUGAUAAGCAGCUAUGACGGUAAGCGACGUCCACAGGACUUGAAGACAAACGUAGCAAUCUUCAGCUAAUCGUGCGCUUUAUUAUACGUAGAUCGUAAACGGCUUAUAAUUAUAAGUCAAUCGAUCAUUCGUUAAUUAUCAUCGGUUUCGUUGUGCAUUUUCAUGUUUCGCAGCCGUAACGAAGGAGCCUGUGCCAAGGUCCGACUACAUCUCAUUAGGAUUGACCUAAGGGUGAACUGUAGCAUCGAACUUCCAUCCACUCUCGUCUGCCCGCCUUCUCUGGAAAAGUAUUUUCUGUAAUUCCCGGUUGGCGAGCAUCCUGAGCUUUGUUGAGUUAACUGAGGUCGAUAUUGUUUGAAUUUAACUAGGAGGGUGACCUGCUAAUACUUGAGCCAGGUUGAGCAGCAGGUUCUUGACUAUGAUUGUUAUUAAACGAGCUGUAGCCACAAGUAUCAAAGAACAAGGCCGAUACCCUGUUGGAUAGCCGUUAGAGCGAAGUCGGAAACGUUGAGAAUACUGUCAACCAUUGGGUGUAAGUUAUCCCAGUGGAUUUGUACGAUCAGAUACUUCGUUGCUGGUUGUUUACCGCCUAUUGCCUAUUAUCGGCAUCGUUUCUCGUGUUUUUUUCUCAUUUUGGCACAGCGGUAACACACGUUCAACUGCUGUUACCCUGGUAAACGCACAAAGUGAAAAGGGAUAGACGAAACGAGAAUUUUCUAACAACUUAAGACUGCUAAGAAACCUCGGUACCACAAGAAAUUUGACGGCAGAAAACGCCAAACGCAUAUCACAGAAUAUAACGCUACGUUAUCUGACGCACUUCGUAACGGACUAGUCCAGUGGCAGACGAGUUCACCUGCGUACAAUAAGCAUUAGCGGAUGGGCAAUCGAGUGGAUCAUAACUCUGUAAGAAGAGGCAGCUUUAAAGACUUCAGGACUUACACCGAUAGCGAGAAAUCCAUGCAGCAAGGAACGGAUGAUUCAGGCUCACUUCUAUGACAGGCACCGGAAAAAGAUCGUCAUCAUUAUCAUGAUAAACAACAACAAGAACAACAACCGACGAACUCCGCUAGGUAGUGAGCUCCGCUAUCUACGUUGAAUCUACCUCUCUGUAUCCACCGCUCACUGUAGCUUUCUCUCAGCCUUCGAUUGCUGUCGCAUCAAGGCGAUAUGUCGCCUCGGUUAAACUAUAAUUACUUCGGCCUAUCGUAGAAAUCAAAUUCUAUAAUAGUUAAACUGUGAGUGUGUGCGAGUGAGCAAGUAUUAACCACCGCAGCGGCCGUAAUCGCCACAGUCGUCCGCCAAUCGCUUACUCCUCCGGUAACCGCUGGCUGGUCGCAGGCUGCUCGUCGUUGUGGUCGUCGUCGGCGUCGGCGACAUCAUCAUCGGUAGCGGCAGCUUGCUGCUUUUGCAGCCUUCAAUGGUUGGCUAGCGCAGACACAGCAGUGAAUAGCGGCCUGCGCCUGCGGGAGUACAGUUGCCGUCACCCGCCAGUCGCCGAUUGCAAACGCCCCAGCCAGUAAUAGUAUCAAGAAUUAACAGUUGAUAAUAAUAAUAAUAGUGUUCGUUGUCGUUGUGAGUGUCAUCGUACUUGUGGUAGUACCAAAGCAGUGGCGUGUGCUAGUGUUGGUAACAGCCAUUACCGCAGUCGUACGCUAGAACCAGCUUGUAAUACGCUUCCGCCGCUACUGGCUCCCGUUUACUCGAUCGCUCGGCCGCGUUCGGUGUCGUCGUCACUGGCGCCGAGGUUGUCCACCAGCAACAGCCGCUGUUCUUGCUGCCGCCAUAGCGGCAAUACUGGCUCACUAUUACUGUCUAUGUCGAUAUUACUUUGCAAUAGGCGCUGUCUCUCUUCACCCUUGCAUUUCGAUCGAGAGCGUUCAGCUGCUGCGAGUUAGGCUACUGUCACUGCAGCACUAGGACGAGCAAAGCGUCGAUACCGUGCCAUACCAUACAAUUCCGUACUAUAGAAGAGAAUUUGCUUUGGCAAACGGCUUUGCGGCAGUAGAUGUGUGUGAAUGAUCACUGGUGAGCCUGCGGUGAGUCGAGUGAGCUGCGAAAACCUACAAGACACUGCGGAUACAGGUGUAGCACUGUUAUUGGAAGUAGUAAUCGUAGUAUGGGAGCGAUAGAAGCAACUGCCACUUCCGUCAAAACAACAACAACAACAGCAGCAGCAACAACAACAACAACAGGAAGCACUGAAGUUGGAAGAACAACGAGUGUGUGAUGGCGACGUUGAAGCAAAGACGCACGUCAAGAGGAAAAGUACACGCGUUCGUGAAUGAGUUUCGUAUGUAAGCAGACUACGUGCGUUCGGCUACGGUUAGUAAAUGUACAGACGCAUACGUUAGGUGACGGUAGCAACAACAUCAUCGACGACAUUCGAGAGCGUCGGUUGCAUGGGAAGAAAACGAAGAAGGUACAGAAUAUGGAAACGAUUAACGGAGUGCCAUAUUGUGCGCGCGUGCCGUGAUAAACGAUAAACGUUCAGUCGUAGAAGCAUCACCGGCCGAACUUAUUUAUGGCAAGGUCCUAAUUAUUAGCUAGCUAAGCAGAUAUCGCGGCAGUCACGUAUAUUGAAGGAGAGUAAAUGGAAGCAAAUCAACCGGAUGCGAAUAAACAUCGUCCGCAUAAUACCAUUAAAAGAAAUCAUGAUCAUUUUAAUUACUACAACGACGGAUGAACUUCUCUAAUCUAACGCCUUUUACUAAGUUAACUAAAGUGGAACUAGCCCACUGAACCAUUGCACAUAGAUCAACAAAAUGUCAGAUCGACAUUAGGCGUUCGGCAGCAUUCACUCAUUGCGUUAUACUGUCUCGCGAGGAACCUACGCAUAGAAAACAACAACAAAGAGGUUGAUGCCAAUCACAACAACGAACGAUUUCCGAGAUCAAUGAAGUACGUAUCCACUUCGACUUAACGAGAGGCAGACGCGUAGGAUCAGAGUGGGCUCCCACAGACCAUUUCAGGGGACGAGACACUCGACCCAGCUCGAGACGUCAACAACGAGCAGCAUCUGACCAAACGAGACUGACCUGCCUAGGUGCGGUUAUUGAUGCUGGUAGUAUUGUUAUUGUUUUUGUAGUUGUCGUUAUUGUCGUUCAUUUGCACGUCUACAACGCGCCAAAAAGGUCAGCAGUAGCAGAAAAAUCCAAAAUUAACCGUUGGAAAACAGGAAUCGAUAUAGAACUGCGUUUUGUUACCGCGCAGUCGUUCCCGCGGGCUUUGAUUCAGUGUGAGAGCAGGCUUUUUGUUGUUGUUGUUAUUAAUAUUACCAUUGUCUGCGUCUUGGCAUGCUCGUUGUACCCAGCUGUAUACCUUCUCAGCUGCACCAAUAUACCAGUUACGGCUGACUUGUUUAUUGUGGUUGAGUGUCGCCCGCGUGACACUGCAAGUGCGUGGUUAGACACCUUCUUCGCGCGAUAAAUCCGAAAAGAAACAAAAGCUAUGGAUGCAUUUCCGAGUGAGGUAGCAACGUAAAAGCAAUCAAACGCAAGACCAGCGGCUGUUGUAACGUGAAGGAAGGCAAAUCUUAACAGUGCGUUCGAUUUAGUCGGCAGACUAAUCAUUGAUUGAUUGACCCUUGGCUGAUGAUAAUUGUAUUUCUCAGUCAGCAAUUGACGCAUAUCGAAUUAUGUGGCAGUACUUCGUUAGCAUCGAUCGCCAGGCGGUACACAGUGACUGAAAUUGUUUACCCCUGUCACUGGUGGAUGCAGUGAACAACAAUAACAACAGCAACGGCAGCAAGGAAAGUACAGAAAAUCAAUAAUUAAUAGAAGUAACGAGAAGACGAGAAAAAAAGCGCGCGCUUGGGGUGUUAGCAAGGUAAACAAGACCAGAUUCAGUGCCGAAUAAGACAAAAUGCGUCGCGGCAUUCACGGUGAGUGUGUGUAUGUGUGUGUGUGUGUGUGUGUAUAUAUCGAGAAGUAACCGACUCCUCUGUAUGAGAGAAAUUCGGAGAAACGUGAAGCGUCGACGCUGCAUCGUACACACAACUGUUUAUGUCUAACGAACAGCAACAGCGGCAAUAACAAGGGUGACACCUCACCUAUUCAAGCACAACCAUUACGACAGCCACUCCCACAUCAGUAACGUCUGAGCACGAUACACACCAGUUAAUAUUAGUAUUUAGAGGCGCGAUUUGACGGGGCUAGUCGACAAGAAUAAAUUGAACGACAUUAGAAACCGGUGCUAAUACGAAGCGACGGCAGAAUCCCAGCAAGCACGGUGGAGUGCCGCAUAUUAUUGUGAAAGUGAAUGUGAUUGACUUCGAAUCUGUCUUUGGCGUUGGCGUACAUGGACAGUGUGUGAUUCUCUAAUAGUGCAUUGUCACAACCGACAAAUUGUGGAGGCCAGCUGAUCCAAGGGAUUAGGGGUUUAUUGUGUGGUUGCACUAGUGCUCCCAUGUGCCGGUACAAACGGUCGUGAAGUGUCGUGUGUCAUUGAAGUGCCGAGGAAAAAGUGAAGUAAAGUGUGUGGUCAAGCCAACGAAGCAGUGAAGAUUCGACCGAACAGAAACGAGAACGAAGCACGAGCUAAAGUUAAGUCGACUCUGAGUGUUAGAUCGACAGUUGAAGCUUGACCUACCGGUUGCGUUAUUGCCAGGAGUUUGGCAUGCCGUUGUUACGGUAGGAUGUGACCAUAGGCUACUACUGAACGGUCCGCGGGCUCCAUGGCGGGACGGCUCAGCAAUACAACCAUGGAGGCUAGGGAGGCGCUUCGACGGGAGGCCGCCCGUGAGCGCGCUCAAAAGGGACCACAAGGCGUCAUCGGGACCGUGGGAACUGCAGGACAGUCCAUGCCAAUAUUUCGCGCCCAACGCGUGCCAAAUGCGCAUCAAGGUGGCGGGGGCGUUCAGACCGGGACGCCCCAGGGGCUUUUUGGCGCGCCUGUCAAGUUAGAAGAGGAGGAUGAAACUUCGCGGCGACUGAAGAACGUACUGGGCGAUUACAAGUCAAUACAGGGAUCGCCCAUGGCCGCAGGUCCUCCACCUAUCACUGGAGCCUCUCAUGCCGUCCAUGGGCACACAUUAUCACAAGGGGCCGUUGCUGUCGGAUCCUCUCAUCAGACAAGUACAGCUCAUUCACAUAAUCAGUCGCUGCAACAACAACCACAUCAACAACAUUCACAGUUACUCCAACAACAACAGCAGACAACCUUGGCAACUAGUCAACAAGAACAACAACCUCAACAAACUCGACGACCGCAGCAGGCCAAUGUGCCGUCAUCAGAUUCGCGGUCUUCAGCUCGACAAUCGAAUGGAGUGGCGUCUCCUGGUCGACAGACGGCGCUGGCAUCAAAGGCCGCCGCCACGGGGGCCGCGUCGGCGAACCAGGGAACGGGUCCUUCACUUUCUUCGGCAAACCCUAAGCCGUCUUUUGUGUCUGUGGCAGCACGCAAAAGUCACCAGUCAGAGCAAAGCGGUGGAGCCUUGAGAGGAUCGGCGAGCCUUAAUUCCUCAGUAACCGAUCAGCAGACUCAACAUCAAGGCGGCUUGGUACUAAGGAGUCGACCAGGGUCAGGGGGUCUUAGCGUACCAAAGAAUGGUGGUAGUAAUAACCGCUAUUCAACGCCCCCAGACAGUGCCAUGCUGAGCACAGUAUCUGUAAAUAAUUUGUCUUCAUCAGGAACGACGAUACCUGCGCCAACAGGAAAGCUUGCGGUUCGUUUGGAAGAGGUUCUUCGUGAAAUGAAGAUUCCACCGUUGUUGCGUGAAAUUGACGAUAGCAACACCGAUGACCGUGAUCGAAGCCAAGACCCGGGAUGGGAUCGAGACGCUGAACGAACGGAAAACCAAUUGCAUCGAACAGAUGGCCGAGACGUCAGUCGGCCAGCGGAACCUUCAGCCUCUUUGACCUCAUAUAACAAUGCUGUUCAAUCGUCGGCGCUGCCGUCUGGCGGACCACUCAGAUUCACCACGUUGUCCAGUCCACAGUUGGCGGAAAUGGCAGCUGCGGGUGAAAUUGCGCCCCUCUUAGGCCUGGGAGGCGGAAGGUGCGGUCCACUCGCAGGUGUCGAAGCACCCCCUGACGCCCACAGUCCGGUACGAAGUCCUGAGCCGGCGAACGGGCACGCCCAAAAUUCUCUUCUUUCUGGAUCUACUGGUUCGCUAUCGAUGUCGCAACAACAGCCGCAAAAUCUUGUUGCAUCAUCUGUACAUAGCUCAACGGCAACAAGAACUAAUGCUGCACCGGCGAUAUCCGAAGUAGACGGAGGGACACACUCUGGGGCUGUUACAGGAGUCGCCAAUCUUUCCUCGCCCGGUUCAUCCUCCGAUUCGGAUGAUGAUGAUGAUGAUCGCGAGAGCAUCUCGCAGGAGGAGAGCCAAGAUUCAGACGUCGAGCAGAACAAAUCAAUGCGAAUGACGAGUUUUGACACACAAUUUGCCACAACAGACAAAUUUCCAGAGAAGAUUGUGCCGUUUGGGGAUCCAGCGGUUGGGGCACCCCCUCAAUGUGGCAUAUUUCCUCAACAACAACAACAACAACAACAACAACAACACGCGACUGCGCAGCUACCUAGCGCGCAGUCCGGUGCAAUGGCUAGUGGUGGCGCUGCUGGUAUGCAGUUGUCUACGGAGUCUCUGCCAGUUUCACAUGCGCCGUCUAACCCUGCCGGCGGUGACACGUUGGCAGUCCAGACGAUUGAGUCACCGAACUCUAAUGUUUCAGAUGAUGCCCCGCCAGAUCCAGAAGGUGGUGGAACUGAAGUAAAGGACGGGAUUCAAAAUCCAUCUUGGAGCAUCGCAUCGUUCAUGUCCGCGGCGCCAAACUCGGCUUCAUCGGUGUCCAGUGUGAAAUCAUCUGCAAAGAGCUCACCGCAUCGGAGUCCCACCCCUCUUGAGGGGACACCACGGAAAAGUGGAAAACUUCAAACGCAAAACAGGACAAUACCAGCUCCAGAGCGCGAACACCGCAAGCGCAAGCGCCAACCCAGUGGGUCGGAUGCCCGCAGCAAAGAAUCUUCCCUCGAGCCGCCCUCAUCGGCCGAAAAACGGAGAAGCGCUCCUGGUUCUGAUCAGAAACAAUCCGGAAUUGCAUCAUCACAGCAACACACUGCAUUGACCUCUACAGCCCCAGUGCGCGGCGUCGUUCAGCAACUCGGCAGCCAUUCAGCUCGUAGUUCGGUAACGCCCGAACCCGACCAUAGUAGUAACAGCAGUCCACUAGUAAAAAAUAACGGUGGAACGAGCAGUAUGAGUAAUAGGCGCGACAAUCAAAUAGCGCGUCGGGUAGUGUCCCCUUUAAUACACCACAAUACAGAUAGCAAUAGCAGUACAACCGACGUCGCAGACCGUCGGCGGGAACGACUGGUUGAAGCUGCCGCAGCAACUACAGCGGACACGGCGCGUGGGAGCGGCGGCCGGCGUAAGAGGGACGCGAUUUCACGGGACGGCGUAGAUGAAGAGGACAUUGGGCUUGUGGUCAAGAUUCCGUUUUGCCGACUCAAGCGGCGUCCUGGAAGCCAAACACAGGCCCAACAACAGGUACAGCCAAACGCUAAAUGUGAUAGCAGCUGCAGCAACAUUAGCAGCAGCGGCAGUGGAGGACGAGUUGGCAGUGCGAACAGUGACACGAUUGGGACACCGGUGACAGCGACUGUUGCUAUUCCAGUGGGAAGCGGACCAAAGGACGAUCGAGAGGCUGAUUCGCGUCUUGACACUAGCGGGAAAGCCGCUACGACUGUUGCUGCAGGUGGUCAGAGCAGUCAAACAAAUACAAGCCGCAGCAGAGAUAACCAUAAUGACAGCAGCAACAAUGGUGGUAGGGGUGGCUCAGCAAAGUAUUCUGGCAGUUUAACGACGGGAACUCAAGCGACUCCGCAGCAACAGUCGCGGGGCAAGGAGCGGGACGACCGCUCAAGGGCAGACUCACCUAUGAGCAUCGAUAGCACAUCCAGUUGUUGUAGUAGCAACGUAAAUGCAAAUAACAAUAUUAAUACAAAUAAUAGUAAUAAUAACUGUAGUAGUAAUAAUAUGGCCAGCAGUAGUAGCAGCAGUAAUAGUAAAAACCGUCGACGACCUCAUGGCUCUGAUGUUGAUGAACGCGGAUCGCGGCGAAAAGACGAGGAGAAAAAGAAGAAGGACAAGAAGGAUAAAGAUAAGGACAAAGCUAAGGAAAAAACGGAAAAAGCAACCAAUAAAUCUGCUGCAGCUGAUAGUAAUGGAAGCAGUAGUCGAACAGAGAAAGCUGAAAAAGCUGUUGAGAAGUCCGAUUCUAAUAAUGGAAGUAGUCAUACAGCGAAGGAGAAAGGUGAACGUGACCGUGAUCGGUCAGAAAAGCGCGACGUAGCCCGCGAGGAGAAACGAAAAGAUCGAGAACGUUCAAAGGCUGAAAUGAAAGAGGAAGUUCGUAAAGACACCGCUGCUAAGGACGAGAAGGGCAGCAGUAAGAUCAAAUCUGACGACACUCCAGCCGUUGUGAAAAAAGAAAAGGACAACACUAGCAGCGGUCCUACAAAAGAAGGUACAACGAGCAGUAGUAAAACGGGAUCGGACCCGUCUCCUGUGAAGACUAAAGAAGAGAAGAAGGACUCGACUUCUGCUACAGAAGCUACUGUUAAAGGAAAAGACGAUAUCAAACGGAAAGGUAAUGAUGAAAGCUCGCGAAAAUUGGAUGCUGGUGGGUCAUCGGCGUCAUCCACAUCAGUAGCAGCAGCAGCUUCAUCGAAGGAGCAGCCUAAAGAUAGAUGGAUGAAGAAUAAGAUGCUUUCGGAUGCUGCUGAAAGAAUGGAAAAUGAAUCAAAGAUUACUGCCCCCGACUGGUUUAUUGCCGAGGCUAAAAAACUGAAGCACGCUGGAGACAAGGAACGUACCCCGAGCGGGCAGGUAAAAAAAUACCUCGAGUCAGCACUUUGCUUUAUGCUAAGCGGCAACUUAAUUGAGGUGAUGCCCAACCGAUCCGAUGGUUCGCGGCAAGCGCAAAAGAUGUAUUUAGACACGCACGCUUUAGUUCGGCAUGUGAGCACUCGCCUUUAUAAAGCCGCCUUACCCUCCGGCGGGACGGGAUCACAAGAGAGUCGGUUGAUCGUGUUGUCAUUACGUGUGCAAGCCGUACUUAGCCAUCGCAUCUUUGUCAUUAUGGGCCGCGACAGGGACUUCAGGGAUCGGUCGGCCGCAGUACUUCGUGAGUUUCAGUCUCUGAAUCUGGCCAAGUUAGCCAGCAAUAGCGAGAGUUCAGGCUUGUCCAACGGAGCGACGGCAUCCCCUGCAGGUUCGCAUUCGAGUGCCUCUUCAGGAGUGUUGCUAGCAGGAGGCAAUACGAGAGAUAAUGGUGCCCCGGGGUCAUCGCAAAGUGCACACGGAGGGGGCUCACAGCAGACAGGAAGAACGUAUACGUUACCUGCCCCCCUCGUUGAAAGCGUGCAGAAAACGGUCAACAGGCUGAUUCAUCUAGAACGCGCGUACGACCUCUGGCAUCAAUCGUGCAAUUAUAUGAUCGAAACAAACAAUAAAGAGUUCUUCGAUGCAGCAGCUAGCGCGUCAUGUUCCAAUGGGCACAUAGACAUGUUUGCGCCGGCAAGUGAAUUUGUAAAGUUCGCCCGGGAAACAAUAUUUCGGAUAGAGGAGCUUGCCAAUGUCAGCUAGCAGAUCAUGCAGUAAAUAUAGUAGCGGUAGCGGUAACUCAGAGGUGCCCGUCGUUGUGACGUUGAUGAACGAACGACGAUUUUUCUCCAGUUGGUUAACGCGGUCAACUAUGCGCCAUCGGCUGCGACUGGUAUGAACAGUAGAGAAAGAACUAACGAGUAAAUACUGUCUUUGCUCGACCGAACCAAGACCAUGUCACCAGAUGCAGCAGAUGGCAGCCAGGAGAUUACGAAACUGAAGUCUCAUCGAAAAUUUAGUAAUAUUUUGCAUCCCAGAUAGAAGAGUUAGAUGAUAUAUAUAUAUAUAUAAACUUAUAUGUGUAUGAGAUAAGUUUGGGCCAAAAGAUGGUAGAAGGGAGGCGAGUUACACCGUCUUCCCUGCCGAAACGGUCUGGCGGUUCAUUAGUCUUUGAUGACACUCUACACCUGAAACUUCUUCUGGGCUGACAAAAAAAAAAAAGAGAAUGUUGUUGCUGCUGCUGCUAAAUGCUUUCGAUCUAUUGCUUCCAUCUUUGACGACAACGAUGCAUUCACCCAUCGAAUUCAGAGACUACCCUAAGUGAUCGCGUAUUGAUCGAGCUUCCCUAUGCCUCGUUAAUUCAAGCGGGCAUAAUUAUAAUUAUUACUCUCAUUAAUAUUAGCGAAAAUAAUAAGGAUACGCCAAGCUUUCCAGUUUGCUCAGAAGUGUGCGGCGAAACACUAUAAAAGAAUACCACCCGCAACCGCGAAAACCUCAUCAUACUAUAAUAACAAAUAAGGAUUUGUGAAAAACAAUAACACGUGUAUUUAAAGUAAAAAAUAUGUUUAGAUUUGGGAACAGGUUCCUAAGUCGGGACCGCUGUAUAAUACUUUGAAUAAUAGACACAGUCCGGCAUACUUGGAAGUAUCACUAUCGAAUGUAUGGUAAUCUGUACUAAUAAUUAAUUAAUCAAAAGAGAAUCGAUAUUUUUACUUUGGGCGGCACAGAUUGAGGCUGGUUUUGUGUGUGCGUAUAAGAGAGCAAUUAGUAAGGCCUUAAGGUGGGUAGUACUUUUUUGUAUUUGUGAAUACUGAGCUCGAGUGAACAUUGGCAUGGGUAACUGAUGAAGUUUGGCUAUCCUGUUGUAACGUAAAUUGCGUUGUGUAUUAGCUCGAGGCCAGCGCCGCUCAAUCGUAGGUAUGGCGUUUUUCUUUUUUGUGCAUUAGCCAAAAAGGUUAACUAAUGGUUUAUUUUCAUAAUUAUAUCAAGAUUCGAUCAUAGCCGGUUGUGGGCCAAUCAGCUAAACUGAGCUAGUCACCAUGAAGAUGGUUACAGCAAGUCUGGCAUUCGUUUUUUGGCAUCGCAUGAAACAAAAAUGGCAGCCUUGUUAGGUUCAAUAAUGAGCUGUGUGCUCCUGGGUCACAACUAGGUUACCGUUAUUUUGCUACCCUUGCUCGACAAUAUUGGCCUCGGCCAAACGUCAAAUGCUUAUUUGACCUUUGGCCUAGCGCUUCCAGUUUAGAUCACACAAAACACUGAAACGUAGCGUAAGAUGAAUUUUCACCCACCUACAUUAGAUGUUGCCUAAGCUACUCACAUGGAUUCGAUGGAAAUCAACUUUAUUUCUGAAUAUUGUAACGGCCUCACAAGAGUAUUAUGAAGUAUGAUAAAUAUAUAAUAGAUUGAUUGCGAGUAUUUCUGUUUCUUACUUAAAUUACGUAUUGGCCUUAAGGCGAUGAAACUACAGAAUCCUGUCGAAGAAUGUGAAGUGCUGACACCAUCUCGGAACGUGUAGUAACUUUGUGGGUGUAACUUUUGACUAUGGUAGAAAUCAUUCAUCAGAUCUGGGAAGAAACGGCUAAAUGCAGUAACGAUUACAACAGAUGAUAUCAACUUCAUUUACAUAUAUAAUCAUAAAAACUACACACAUCAGCAAAUGGACGCGUAUAUUAGUUCACAUAGAGGCAUACCUCUAGGAUGACUUAAAAAAAAACUUCUCUGUAUGAACGCUCAACGUCUAUCAGCGUUGAACUUUUGAAGAUGUACAGACUAUAUAUACAUAUAUAUAUAUAUAUAUAUAUAUAUAUAUAAAGAUGAAUUAAUAAUGGGUUACAUACGUAGCACAAGUGUUUGAGGGAUGAUAUACUGAUUAAAUAAAUUCAAAUUUUUCUCUUCCCUAAUGACAUCAUUGUGCGAAAUGUGCUGACCUCUCUAAAAGUCUUAUUUUUUAUGUAUCCAUAUUAUAAAUAUGAUGCCGAUGAUGAUCAUUACUAGUAUAGUUAGUUAUUAUUCCCUAGUAGUAGAAGUCACUAUUUUGCGGCGGUGCAUUUUGAGUAUCUCGAAUGUAAAUAAAAUGUACAGAAAUAUUUUCACCCAAACCUUACACAAAUAGAUAUAAAGAUAGGAAAAGAAAAGAUGAAAAGUGAUGCUAUAAUAAUUAAGAGACAUGAUACUGAAGGAAAAACCAGAGACGACGAAAUUCAGACAAGGACGAUUAGAAGAGAAGAGAGCUAAGCGGCGAAGGACUAUAAGAUGACAAAUAAACGAGAAAGUACAUUUUUUUUUUGUUAUUUAAGUCGAUAUACGAAACAUUUGUCUUUUUUGAACGAAACAUCCUUCUAUUAUUUAGAUACAUUGCUGGGUAUUUAAAUAAAAAUUGUUAGGUAUAAAUGAAACUUGGGCUUAUUGCACAUUUUCCAUUGAAGAAAAUAGCCCUUUGCUAGUUCAACGGGCAUUCUCUGUUGAGCGUAACAAAACGUAUGCACUUAGACAGCUGUUACUUUAUAGGAGAUGCGUCUAGGCGAGACGAGAACCAGUGGACGUUUCUUGUUGAGCACGAGCGCUACUAAGCGAAUGAGGCGUACGGCGUAUUGAAGCCCGACAUUUCUCAUCAACAACAACGAUGCGAGGUAGAUAGGACAUCAACAUAUACCGAGAAAUUGCGCAGUGGCAAAGUGUUGCUAAGCAUAUAACGCGAGCGAUACGAAGCAUCCGGAAGCGUGGGCAACACAAUCCGAUUCGAUAUUAAAAGUACAUUGACAUGACGAGCGCUUAUCAUACGACAGUUCGAUAUUUAUCGUUUGCACAACCAGCAUUCAUUAUGUGCCCCCCUUAUGAGUGGUGUCAGCAGACUCUACCUAUUCUACCGGGUAAUCAAUGAACUGUACAUCGGAAUAAUAAAUCACAGUCCUUCUAUACUUUGAUAUAGUACUGACCGGCGGUGCAGGUUGGGCGACCAACUUAACGCAUUGUUGGCGCUGCACGACAUCAUAAGCUAAUCUACUAAAUUUAUAAGCUUUGUCACAAUUUAGUUCACCCGCGACACGUGUCCUAGUCGUGUCUUCGCUGCGAAAGUAGGACAUAUGCAGGGAAGUGUCAGGCGGUGGUAGUUCUCUCCACAGUUCUCUAGUGUAGACCUGAAAGCUCGUAGACCGCUCAGGCACACCGUCGAUCAACUGUGUUAAACUGGCCUAUAUUUGCUUGCGAGCCUAUGAUUACGAGUGGUUUUUCCUUAAUGUGUUUGAGUUUGCUGUGAUAUGCCUUACCUCCUACUCCUUAAUCUUGGCAAGUAUUAUUCAGCGAUCAGUUUUCAUGCGCUGUCGCCUUAGUGGUCGUCCAUUUUAGCUUCCGCUGACCUUUGCGCUCUCCGCCGCUAGAGCGUUAUUGCCCCAAUCAUCCAUAUAAUCGGUGUGCGUGCAGUAUGCACAUACGAUGAAUGCCUGCGUUGGACUAAUUGGGAAACGGCGCGCGUCUCUUGAAAAAGAAUCUUUAGUGUGGCAUGUUCAUUUGCUAGCUGUGAUUGUACCUAUUUUGACAGGUCGACGUUAUUCGCUUAUCAUAGUUCUUCAUGAGAGAAAGUUUACGGCCCUUUUCAGACAAGAAAAAAACAUUGUCUCCAUAGGCCUGUCGACAUUUAGAGUUGUUUAAUAUUAUUUAUAAUCGGCUGUUCCUAAUAGCGGUGAUGAUGAACUAUAGCCUGCGUUGGUCCUGUGUAGGCGCCGUAUUAGACGCGAUAUAAAUUUCGAAAUACGACCGAUAUUGUGAGAUACUGAUCUUCGAAUCAAAUCUACGGGAUAGUGUUCGGAGCGGGAAUCGAGUCAUUCGGCUAACAGCUGUGCGUGCACAAGUCUGGAUCCCUUUGUGUCGCACGUCUGAUAGCAUUCGAAAUUUGUGUUUAGUGUCGUCCCCUUGCGCCGUAACUUACUACUUUGUAUUUUUAUUGCUGUUAUUGGGUUAUCUGUUUGCUUAGUAGAUAGUCAUUGCCGGCUUAAGUUGAGUGUGGAAUAGGUGUAGUUAUGGGUGUAACUUGACGAUUUCGAUAUUUGAUCUUUUUUCCCCGGCCAUUACGUUAGUACAUCACAGCUUGCAAUAGUUAGAUAGCAAUCUACUUGAUUAUGUCCUAGUCUUUUGUUUAACAUUUUGUAUUCAUUUUUAAGGCUCCAAAUCGUACUUUUUUUUCCUUUUCUACCUUUCUCUCGUAGCCGUUUUUGAUUCG